AUGGCGUUUCCAGCUGGGGACAUCCGCAGCCAAGCCAGAGACGUUCAGCGUGUCCGCAACCACAACCACAAAUGGGCCAAGGGGGGGGUGCCAGCUUCUGGCAAAGAACGCUGCACUCAUUUGGGUGGGGUUGAAGCAUGCACUGAUUGUUGGGACAAGCCAGCAAACCCCAGAUCGAUUCGAUUUUGUGGCCACCACGAACAUGUCUCCGGCACAAGAAGCGUCUUCUGCAAGGACAUCAACUCGGCUAGAAAACGAGCUCGGGGGAACGUUCUAGACAGAGCAGCUGCCUCCGACUCUUCUGCUGGGGAAGAGGAAAUACGGGAAGCUUCAGCGGCGCCCGACCCAGACGCAGAUAUCACAUAUAGCUAUGAUGCCGCCCGUGGUCCUGGUGGCGGUAGUCAAAUCCUGAGCAUGGCAGUCGCUCAGGCCCUCGAACGAUUCGAGCACAAAGAAACCGAGAAGCUUGCCAAAGAAUACGAAUUCGUCGACGCCAGAGACGGUUACAUGGCAGAUGCAGAUGACGACGAUUUUGAGGUCAUCGAUGCUGCUAGCCUUCACUAA